UGCGGAGCUGAUGUGGCUUUCCCCCGGUGUGCUGCUGUGAUCUGCUCCCUGUAGAAAAGCGCUGCUGGAUUUGUACUGUACUGAUCUAAUAAUAAACACUAUAAACCUUAAUAAUGAUUAAACCCGGGCUGAUCCUCGCGCUGCUCUUCUGCCUCUGUAACGGGGAGGGUUGCCUGGAUCCAGUCAUCACCCCGUCCACAUACACUACUAAUGAUGCAGUCAUCUCCUCUGAGUCAGUCUUCAUCGUGGAGCUCAGUUUGGCGUGUGCUAAUGGAGUUCAGAGUGUGGCGUUGUAUGCUGAUGUAAAUGGAAGGCAGUUUCCUGUGACCAGAGGCCAGGAUGUAGGAAAGUUCCAGGUUUCAUGGAGUCUCCCUCAUAAGCAGGCUAGCUCAGGAACGUACCAGGUCAAAUUCUUUGACGAGGAGUCCUACAGUGCCCUGCGGAAGGCACAGAGGAAUAAUGAGGACAUAGACACUAUUAAACCCCUCUUCUCCGUCAACGUGGAUCACAGAGGAGCGUGGAGUGGCCCCUGGGUGUCUACAGAAGUCCUGGCUGCAGCUAUCGGCAUCCUGGUCUACUACUUCGCUUUCAGUGCCAAGACCAUUAUUCAGGCGUGAUGAAGAACCACUACACUCUUACACUUCCAGAUGAUCAUCUGCUCAAAUACCUCCAUUUGUCCUGCUAUGUUACUUUAUACAGUUCAUGCUCUUUCAUGUAUUACUUUAUUUAUUUUUUUUACUUCACAGUGAUUGAUCAGUUGCAUUGCAGUGUAUGUGAUGAUCUUGUAUUUAUUUAGUUUGAACGUUUUCUGACUGAGUGUAAUUAUUUUGUUCUUUGUUUUUGCUGAUUAAAUGUGAAUGUUGAUGCUGGAAUAGUUUAAGUCUGUUUUUAAGCUGUUAAGGCUGCAGACUGUGUGUUUUAUACUGGAAGCUCAGCUGUUAAUAUACACCCAGGAGGAUUCAGAUGUUAUAAUAAUAAUAAUAAUAAUAAUUAGGGCUGCACGAUAUAUUGUUUAAGCAUCGUCAUCACAGGAGGUGUGAUGUCACUUAAGGCAAUUAAAUCAAACACGUCAUGUUGCAAUGUUUUGAUUCUUGACACAAGAAGUAGAUACACAGUGCUGUCUCUGUGUGUGUGUGAGUGACAGGCUGCUGCUGCCUGAGAAGCAUGAGAGGGGGUGGGUUGCAGGAGUAAACACGAGGUAACCGCAUGGCCUCCAUCCACAUGGUUGGGCACGUGCUUGUAAACGUGAGCACGUGUCGAAAGCUUCGCACCUCAGUCCAGCACAGUUUUGCACAGAUAUUUCCAGUUGCAGCUGAAGUCACGCUUUUAAUGGCAGAAAAAUGCUCUAAUUUACAUUUUAAAAAGCCAUUUAAUUGCCUAAUUAAAGGGCAGACUACUGUUGUUUUGCUGCAGUGCUCGGCGCUGACUCAGACUCAGCUCGUGAUCAGUCCUGACACCAGACAGCACACGGGUGAGUGCGGAGCUGGUGACGUCAUGGGCCCUGCAUUGUUUAAUAAUGUGAUAGAUAUAUUGCCGAAAAAAACACAUUUACAAUGUACAUUUUUUCCUAUAUCGUGCAGACCUAAUAAUAGUGUCAGGGCAACAGUUGUUCUAGUUUGUUUUGCAUUUCUGUUGUGAAAAAAUAAUAAUAAACUCUUUUAAAUACCAGA